CACUCUCUCACAGUUCCUAAUCAGAAUUUGUAUCUACAUGUUCUAACUAGGCCUUAUAGCAUGUUAUGAAAAAAAUGUUUGUGCAAGAAAUGCAGAUAUAUAUUGUGUAUUUUUCUGGUUCUUUUUAAGUAUGUGUGCAAACUGGGUUUAUAUCAACAUGCAAGAUUAAUUUUCAGAAGAAAACUUCAGUAGCCUUAGAAAAAUCCAUGAAAAAUGUUUGGUUUUCUUCAGCAACUCCAUACUCAUUUGUAAUUUAAAUUAAGUUCUUACAACACAACUGUGUACUUUGCUCAAGAGCAGGAAAACUUGUUUUUCUGGUAGGUGUGGCUGCUGAUACAUUAAAAGAGCAACAGCUAUGUGAAAUAAAAUGUACCAGGAAGUAUCUUAGAUAUUGUACCAGUUUUUCUCCUCACAGUAUUUUUCUGUAUUGAACAAUUACUGCAAUUUACCUUAAAAGUAUUUAAGUUUUUAUCUGUUUAAAAUAAACAAGGUAUUUUAUUUUAGCAAAAUAACUUAGCAAAAAAUGAAUGGAGGACUGAACAGAACCUCACUGUGCUAUCUACUUUAAAAGUACUUUUUCCUUUGCAGUGUUUGCUGUUCAAAACCCAAUUGAAAAGAUAUCUGUUUUUCUUGUUAGUUAUUUAUUGCUAGAAAAAGCAGAAGAAAGAACAGAUAAGGCAGCAUAAAGUGCAAGGACAAAGAAAUUUGCAUGGACAUUCAGAUACGUACAAAAUGUUGUGUGCUGGGAAAAAAUCUUACUUUGCUGCUGCUGUGUGCAUUAUGACUGUAACUUCAAUGCUUGCAGUUUCUUAUCUGAGGUUACAGAGACUUUCUCAUCAGCCAAAAGUAAUUCAAGAAAGUAGAAGAUGUAGAGGGAAAAUUGCCCUUAGCACAAUAACAGCAUUAGAAGGUAACAAAACUUUUAUUAUAUCCCCAUACUUUGAUGACAGAGAAAGCAAAGUCACUCGUGUGAUUGGGAUUGUACACCAUGAAGAUGUAAAACAACUGUACUGCUGGUUCUGCUGUCAGGCCGAUGGAAAGAUAUAUGUAUCAAAAGCAAAAAUUGAUGUUCACUCAGAUAGAUUUGGAUUCCCUUAUGGUGCAGCAGAUAUAGUUUGUUUGGAACCUAAAAAUUGUGAUCCAACACAUGUAUCAAUUCAUCAGUCUUCAUAUGGAAAUACUGACCAGCUGCCGAGGUUUGAAAUUAAAAAUCGCAAGCCUGAGACCUUUUCUGUUGACUUCACUGUGUGCAUUUCUGCCAUGUUUGGAAACUACAACAAUGUUUUGCAGUUUAUACAGAGUAUGGAAAUGUAUAAGAUUCUUGGAGUACAGAAAGUGGUGAUCUAUAAGAACAACUGCAGUCAUCUGAUGGAGAAAGUCCUGAAAUUUUAUAUAGAAGAAGGAACUGUUGAGGUAAUUCCCUGGCCAAUAAACUCACACCUCAGGGUUUCUUCUAAAUGGCGCUUCAUGCAAGACGGGACAGACAUUGGCUACUACGGACAAAUCACAGCUCUAAAUGACUGUAUAUACCGUAACAUGGAAAGGACCAAGUUUGUGGUUCUUAAUGAUGCUGAUGAAAUAAUUCUUCCCCUUAAACACCCAGACUGGAAAACAAUGAUGAACAGUCUUCAGGAGCAAAACCCAGGGACUAGUGUUUUCCUCUUUGAGAACCAUAUCUUCCCAGAAACCGUAUCUUCUCCCAUGUUCAACAUUUCAUCUUGGAAUACUGUGCCAGGUGUUAACAUAUUACAGCAUGUGUACAGAGAGCCUGACAGGAAAGAGGUAAUCAAUCCCAGGAAAAUGAUAGUUGAUCCACGAAAGGUGAUUCAGACUUCAGUCCAUUCUGUCCUACAUGCUUACGGGAAGAGUGUGAAUGUUCCCAUGGAUGUUGCCCUCAUUUAUCACUGUCGGAAGGCCCUUCAAGGGGACCUUCCCAGAGAAUCUCUCAUCAGGGAUACAACACUGUGGAGAUAUAACUCAUCAUUAAUCAUGAAUGUUAACAAGAUUCUAUCUCAAACCAUGCUGCAACCUCAAAAUUGAAACCUUGGUUAUAAGGAGUAAAAGUGGAGAGCUACCUGUAUUGUGGGAAGACAGAAGAUACAAUUUAAAGAUCACAUUACAUUGAUUUCCACAUGGAGUCUACAAUUUGCUGCAAUUAUUUAGGGAAUCUAUAGCAAAGCCAUGAAUCAUUUAAUGAUACCAAGGGUCAAUGCAGAUUGCAGUAUCUGUUCUGGGAAAUGUACAAUUUGUUUUCAGUUAAUAAUAAAAAUCAGUAUUUGUCAACUGAUUCAAAUAAUGCAAAACAGUUUUCAACCUAUGUACAAAAAGUACAAAUACAAUCAUUAGUAUUAAAGGUAGCAUUGCUUAAUUCUUGCAGUUUGUAUGUCACAGAGUACUAAAUUUGUAUGCAUCAAUUUGAGUAUAAGGUAGACAAAUAAUUGAGUCUAAUCUUCCUUUCAGUUGUAAAAAAAUUACCCCUUAUGUUCUUGGAAAUAGCGUAUGUUAAAGAUGUGAUGGAUUGUAAC